GAACUCUCGGUGUACAAACUACACUGGCGUACACAGGUACGCACACAUUCCCACUCUCGCAGUUGGGUUACUCGCGGUCAUAGGACAGCGAAAGCAAGUCUAGAUUUGUUAGUGCUCCUGAAGUUUCAAGACCUCAGAGAUUUGGACUGACAACGUUCUACGUAUUUGUCGAGGUUGCUACACCUCGGAGGGUUUUCGUCGCCAUGGGACGCCUCACUUUAUUUCUGUGCUUCCUGACAACGGCUAUCAUCGCAGAUGACCAAUUAGAAGCAGAUUCGGCCGCCACACCUCAGUCAAGGCUUCUGUUGAAUCCCUUCAGUAUUCUGGGCAACCCUCCUUGUGAAUACAACGGCGCUGAUGGAGUCUGCUAUGGCGAGGUCGAAUGCUUGGCGUUGGCCGGUAGUUACGGAAACUUCUGCCCAGGACUUCAAGGCCUAUGCUGUUUAUUUUACCGAACGUGUGGUCAGAGGACCUCCCAAGAGGUGUCGUAUUUCAGGAAUGUGCAGUUUCCAUUAGAAGAGGCCACCCCAGAAGACUGCGCUUUCCAGGUCAUCAAGAGAUCUGAGGAAUAUUGUGGAAUGAGAGUGUCGAUGGAAAAGGCAGACUUACCCGCCAAGUCUGGAGGGUCGUGUGAUGACGUGCACUUCAGAGUGAAGGGAAUCCACAACGACCGCUUGAAACCCAAAUGCGGAAGGCUCACUGGGAAAAAGUAUUCCUAUGACAUGAAACACGUCAACGAAGUGUCAGUGCAUAUUACCUCCCAGAGGUCCACCAGCGUCUCCUGGAACCUCAGAGUGGAGCAGGUGAAAUGUUCCCAGUGGGAGGGCGAGGAUCACGAGGAGGAAGAGGGAGUUGAAGUGGGGGGAGGAGGUGGAGGAGGGGUCGGGGUCGGUGGAGGCGGCGGUGGCAUCUUCAGCACCACAAGUAAACCAGUGUAUCCACCUACCUUCCCUCCAGUCAUAGGUCCCCCAGCGCCCCCUACCUCUUCACCCAUCACAGGAGGAGGAGGAGGAGGAGGAGGAGGAGGAGGAAGUGGAGGAGGUGCAGGCUUUGCUAAGUGUGGAGUCAAAGGGCCCCCAUUCAACCAAGGCACCCGAGAGUCAGUGAGAUUGGUGUCCUACAAAGAGCCCAUCGGCCCAGAACCUGAAGUCAUGGCAAGGCGUCGUAAGACUCCGAGCAGCCGGAGGAGACCGGUGGACAGGGAGCACGUCAACAAUAAGGGCAAUAAACAGCAGCCUCAGAUACGGCCAGUCCACCUGCCACAUGUGAAAGGGUCCAUUGCGUCAGGCGCCGCCGUCACUUCCAUCGACUGGGAUGUGCCUUCUCUCAAUGACACGCUCUUUGCUCACUAUGCUGGAAAACCAAGUCUGUUGUCAACAAGGAUCACCUUCGGGAACGUGGCUGGCCUCCGGGAAUUUCCUUGGCAAAUCGCCAUGACUGUCAAUGGCAAAUUCCACUGUGGAGCCUCCCUCAUCAGCGACUCCCAUGUGCUGACUGCUGCACACUGCGUCGUGUCAUACCAAUACUCGCCAUCUCAGAUUGACUUGUCUCUCGGGGACUGGGAUUUAACUACCACCUCAGAGGGCAAGAGUAUUAAGGCUAAAGUUUCCAAAGUUUCUGUCCAUCCGCGCUAUUCUCGAUCAACCCUCCAGAAUGAUUUGGCUGUCCUGAAACUGACUGAAAAAGUGGAAUACACAGAUCGGAUCAGGCCCAUAUGUCUUCCAACAACAGAUAUUAAUGUAGAAGAUCAGCUCGCCAUCGUCUCUGGAUGGGGAAGGAACGAAGUUGCAAAAUUACAAUCUCAGCUGCAUUAUGUUCAGGCCACAGUCAUCAAGAACAGCGUCUGCGAUCAAAGAUGGAAUUCAAAUGGAGCAGCCAGAGGGUUCAUAGUCUCCUCCAUGAUGUGUAUGGACUCAUCAAGUGGAGACUCUUGCAAUGGAGACAGCGGAGGUCCCUCCAUCCAUGAGCAACCACCUGGUUCUGGCAAUUAUGUUCAAGUGGGCAUCGUGUCCUUCGGAUCUGGGACCUGCACAGACGCCAGCCUCCCGGGCGUCUACACCCGCGUCUCCUACUACCGAGACUGGAUCCAGCAACAAAUGACUUGAUCUGGACGCUUUCCCUCGCAUCAUCUGUCUUUCGGCCCUCACCCUGCCUCUGCAAUAUUAUGCGUUAUGAGAAGAAUGUGUCAGAUAGAUUAAUUGUUAUGCAUGCUCUCCCCACACACACAGAUAUAAUGAUAUAUAUAU